AUGCGAAAGCUCCUAAUACCAAACACCCCGACAUCCCUCCUUAGCGGGAGAAGCUUCGUCCUGAACACUCGUUGGCAGCUAUUUGAGCACGAGCCGACCCUCACCCUACAAGCAUUACUCCCCUCUCGGUCACUGGCACAAGUUCGACAAGAGCCGUUUUCGGACUUAUGGUUCACACCGUCCAGACCUGCGCGGUCACCUGCAGAUGACCUGCUCGGAAACAAUGGGAGGCCAGGUAAUGGAGACCACAGACCUCCGGAUGAGCGGACGUUGAAGUUGGGAAAGACCCUGCGCACCCUCUCUCCUCUCUUACCAAACAUUCUAACUCAACCUCUGCCACCGUCCAUCCUCUCCCCAAGCAUAUCGCUCCAUCUCUUCCCCUCAACACAUCCACACCUUCCAGCCGUAAAGGGCAAAGUCCCGUACCGCGCCGCGCUAUGGACAGCCCCAGUAGCAUGGGGUUGCGUACCACUAGUCGGUAACGUCAAACUUCAAAUCCUCUCCGAAAAGAUCGUUCGUACAGGGUUCAUCUCUCAAGCACCACUCGAUGAAGAAUCGCGAUCCGGUCUCGGGGAAGAAAAGCUGGUUGUGCGAUGGAAGACCGAGAAGAAGGGCAAUGGCGCAACCUCAGACUCCGGCGCCGCAUCUACUGCCGCUGCCAACUCUGAUACCGCGAUCAAUCGUGGAUUAAGCAAGCUCUUAGGGGGAGACAAACCGAUCUUCAACCUGAAUCAAGGCGACGAAUUCUCCGGCAUGUUCAUAUUCACCUUUGAUUCCGAAGGACGGAUCGCGACACAUACCAUUGAGCACGCAGACGAGAAUAAUGGGGUGGACAGGACGGCUCGAGUGGUUACGUUGACAGACUGGUUGCUUGGGCGGGCCAAAUGGCGCAGGAAAGAAGAAGAGAUGAUCCCAGGCUUGGCUAUGAAUUUGAGGGUGUGCAGGGAGGAAUGGGCAAGGGAAAGGAUUGAUACGAGUAGACGGCAUGGCACUCUGCAGGGAAAGUGGUGA